AAUAAUGAUGGGGAUGACGAUGGGGUUUGUAAAUCAUGAGGUUUCUACUUUCUAUUUGAAUCUAAAACACAAACGGAGCUCAUAAAUCAAACGCUCCUUAUAUCUGCUUCCCUCUUCCCUCCCUCAUUCACUUUCGCAUAACACCAUGAGUUGGUGGUGGGCUGGAGCUAUCGGUGCUGCCAAGAAAAAAUUCGAAGACGACGAACCUCCGCGAAGCUUCCAGAGCGUGGGUCUGGUCAUCGGCGUCACCGGCAUAGUCGGCAACAGCCUCGCCGAGAUUCUCCCUCUCGCCGAUACCCCCGGCGGUCCAUGGAAGGUCUACGGCGUUGCCCGGCGGCCCCGUCCAUCCUGGAACGCCGAUCACCCAAUCGAAUACAUCCAGUGCGACAUCUCCGAUCCCAACGACACCCAAUCGAAGCUCUCCGCCCUAACAGACGUCACACACAUCUUCUACGUCUCAUGGACUAGACGCCCCACCGAAGCCGAGAAUUGCGAGGUUAACGGCGCCAUGCUCAGGAAUGUCCUCCAAGCCGUUAUCCCCAACGCCCCCAAUCUCCGCCACGUGUCCCUCCAGACUGGUGGCAAGCACUACCUAGGUCCCUUCGAGCUCUUCGGCAAGAUCCAACCCCACGAGCCGCCCUUCACGGAGGAUCUGCCGCGACUCAAGGCCCCCAAUUUCUAUUACACUCAGGAAGACAUCUUGUACGAAGAGACGCAGACGAAGGACGGUGUUUCUUGGUCGGUUCACCGGCCGCAAGUGAUCUUCGGAUUCUCACCUUACAGCUUGAUGAACAUGGUGGGAACCCUGUGCGUGUACGCGGCGAUUUGCAAGCACGAGAGGGUUCCAUUGAGAUUCCCUGGAACCAAAUCGGCGUGGGAGGAUUACACGACGGUGUCGGAUGCGGAUUUGAUCGCGGAGCAGCAUAUAUGGGCGGCGGUGGAUGCGUACGCGAGGAACGAGGCGUUCAAUUGCAGCAACGGGGAUGUGUUCAAGUGGAAGCAUCUGUGGAAGGUGCUGGCGGAGCAGUAUGGGAUCACCGAGUAUGGCUUCGAUGAGGGUUCCGAGAGACUCAAGUUGUCGGAGAUGAUGAGGGAUAAGGGCCCUGUGUGGGAUGAGAUUGUUAGAGAGAAUCAGCUUCUUCCCACCAAACUUGAAGAGGUCGCUGAUUGGUGGUUUGUGGAUUUGAUUUUCUGUGGCGUUUGCAUUUUGGAUAGCAUGAACAAGUCCAAAGAGCAUGGCUUCUUCGGUUUCAGGAACUCCAAGAAUUCCUUCAUUAGCUGGAUUGAUAAGACCAGAGCUUUCAAGAUUGUGCCUUGAAUUAUUCAAUAUCCAUGUAUCUUGCUUCCUAAACUUUCAGGUGAUUGUUGAAAAGGCGGAAAUAAGUGACAUCCCAAGUAUUGGCAAGAAGAAGUAAGAUGUUGUUUAUAGUUUUCCUUCUAGUUGGAAUCAUCAGAUAAAUAAUUUCUGUUUCAGUUGUAUGAAAUUCAAAGGAAAGCUUAUACCAUUAAUAAAUGUUUAUUGCUGUUCA